AUGACUCAACUACGACUGCGCGUCGAGGGGCAGUCAUUUCGUGAUCCCCAGAAUCGAGAAGUCACUCUGAGGGGAAUCAACGUGGCGGGUGACGCAAAAUAUCCGAAAGUGCUAAACCUGGGAUCCCAUGAUCCCGAGGAUUUCUUCAACGCGGAUAAUGUCUCAUUUAUUGGACGGCCAUUCUCUCUAGAGCACGCCGACGCCCACUUCCAGCGACUUAGAAAAUGGGGAUAUAAUGCCAUUCGAUAUAUCUUUACUUGGGAGGCCAUUGAACACGCUGGCCCCGGUGUCUACGACGAGGAAUGGGUGGAUUUCACUAUUCAAAUACUUGGCAUCGCAAAGAAGUAUCAGUUCUAUAUAUUUAUGGAUCCUCAUCAAGACGUGUGGUCCCGACUGUCCGGAGGUUCAGGGGCCCCUGCCUGGACCUUUUAUGCAGCUGGGCUGAAUCCAAGAUGCUUCCAGAAUACGGAGGCCGCUCUUUCUCAUCAUACGUCAGAAAACCCCGCAGACUUUCCCAAGAUGCUCUGGUGUACCAAUUACACAAGAUUGGCAUGUCAGACUAUGUUCACCUUGUUUUGGGCUGGUCGAGACUUUGCGCCAAAGGCAGUCAUUGAUGGCAUGAAUAUUCAGGAUUUCUUGCAAGGCCACUUCAUUGCGGCGUGCAAAUAUCUCGCGCAAAAAAUCCACGAUGCAGGGGGCCUCGAACACGAUGUGGUUAUCGGGUGGGAAAGUUUAAAUGAACCGCACAAGGGACUUGUUGGUAUCCAGGAUAUCUCAAAAGUUCCACAAGAGCAGCAUCUUCAGCUCGGAACAUCCCCAACUGCCUUUCAGGGUAUGCUUCUCGGCGUCGGAAGGGGUUGUGAAGUAAUGACAUGGCGAUUUGGAAGAUUUGGGCCUCGACGGACUGGUAAGAAGCUAAUAAAUCCGAGCAAGUCGGUCUGGCUACAAUCUGAGUGUAGCCAAUAUGGCUGGAAGCGAGAUCCUGGCUGGAAACUCGGGGAAUGCCUCUGGGCGCAGCAUGGGGUUUGGGAUCCGACCAACAAUGACCUGUUACAAAAGGACUACUUCUCAAAAAGCCCCGGCUCCAAUGAAGGGCUAGAUUACGAAAAGUUCACCAAUACCUAUUUUCUCGCACACUACCGAGCCUACCGAGACGCAAUUCGCAGUGUUUGUGCGGGCACGAUCAUGUUCUGCCAACCUCCUGUCAUGGAAGUACCACCAAGCAUAAAAGGUACUCCCGAUGAUGAUCCAAAUAUGGUUCAUGCUGUCCACUUUUACGAUGGUCUGACACUUUUGAGGAAACACUGGAGUCGCUUUUUAAAUAUCGAUGUGAUUGGCGUUCUUCGAGGCAGGCACUCCCUACCGGUGUUGGCGGUCAAGUUCGGGGAGACAUCUAUUCGUAAUGGACUGCGUAAUCAGCUUACAUUUAUCCGUGACGAAAGCUUGAGGAAUGUUGGAAACCAUCCUCUUAUUUUUACGGAGAUCGGGAUUCCAUAUGACCUAGAUAACAAACAUGCCUAUAAGACUGGAGACUACAGGAGUCAAGUUAAAGCAAUGGACGCCAACCAUUUCGCUUUGGAAGGUAGCAGCGCCAAUGGAUUCACCUUGUGGGCCUACAUGACAGAGAAUGAUCACGCAUAUGGCGAUCAAUGGAAUGGUGAGGACUUUUCAAUAUUCUCACUAGAUGAUUUGGAGCUGCCUGAGAAUAUCACUUCGCGUUCGACUAGUUCAAGGUACCUGACUCUCUCUGAGGAUCAUGAUACUGAGCAAAGUACGAAAGUCGAUCCGCAUGUCCAAGAUCUUCUGACUCUGGGGUACACGUCAAGCGAUUGUGAUCAGUCUGAGGAUGUCAGUACUAGGAGGCGAGGCUACCGCGCAGCAGAGGCAUACCUCCGUCCCAGUCCCAUCCGUGUCAGAGGCCAAUUGCACAGCUAUGAUUUUGAUUUGAAGAAAUGCACGUUCACUAUGGCCAUGACUGCGAAGGCCACGGUGCCCCAUUCUCCAAGUGAGAUUUAUCUUCCACAUUUUCACUUUGAAGUCGGGAAUAUCGCAGUCACAGUGAGUGAGGGGGAAUGGGAAAUUGUCGAACAAGAGUUCAAUACUGUCAGGAUACAGUGUCUAUUAUGGUGGCAUGACGAAGGAAAGGUGAACAUCAAAAUCAAGGGAAAACAUCCUAAACCGAGGAAACUGGGUAUUCGACAUUAA